AAGUUUUUUUUUCAUUUGUUACACUUCAGAGGUUUAAUAAAAUAAAUAAAACAGAAAUACAACAUGUUGUAUUUGGAGGACUAUUUAGAGAUGAUUGAGCAUCUGCCGCAGGAGCUGCGAGACCGUUUCACAGAGAUGCGUGAAUUGGAUCUUGCCGUGCAAAAUAACAUGGACUCGCUGGACAAGAAGUCGCGUCUGUUCUUUCAGCAGUGCAAGCGCGGCGAGCUGCAGCACGAAUCGAUGGACGCGGAAUUCCACAGCCUGCGGGGCGACUACUUCAAGGUAAUGGAGGAUGCCGAUGAGAAAGUUGCCAUUGCCACCCAAAUACAUGAGCUCGUCGAGCGCUAUCUGCGUAGACUGGACAGCGAGCUGUUCAAGUUCAAGUGCGAGCUGGAGGCGGACAACAAUGGCAUCACCGAGAUACUGGAGAAGCGCUCUCUGGAGCUGGAUGGCAAUAAUUCCACAGCUGCAACGGCCCUUUUGAUGAGCAUCAAUCAAAAAGAGAAUCGUUACUAUAACGCAAGCAGCGUUAGCAGCAAUAGCAAUUUAAUGGCUAGCAACAUCAACAGCGCCGCCGGCAUCAUCACCAGCACGGGCAGCACCAGUGGCAGCCUGCUGGUCAACAGCUCCGCACUUAGCAGUCUGUCCGGCAACAAUAGCGCAGUUAGCAGCCAUCAGCGACAUCGCAAGCUGGAGAAGCGGCGCGAAACAAUAUGCACAGUGCCCGUGCAGGAGAAGCGUCCCAAUCUGAAUCAGUCGCUGCCAGUGGCACCCGUCAAUAACAAUGUUGGUGGCAGCCUUGUUAAUCCUGUCGCUGGCAAUCAUGUGAACACGAUCACCACACAUGUCACACUGCCCGUGGUCGCCACCAAUGCCGGCAAUACUGUCGCCGCCGCCGCUAAUAUUGUGCGCCAGCUGCCUACGAAUCUCACAGCGCACAGCGUGCUGAGCACCAGUAGCAACAAUGCGGCUGUUGCGGCAGCCGCAGCUGCUGCCGCUGCAGCUGCUGCAAACAAUACCGUUAACGUUGGGCCCGUAGCAGGCACUGGCACUGGCGCUGGCAUGACUGCCAGCCACGGCAACACCACGGUCAGCUAUAGUCUGCACCAGCUGGGCGGCGGUGCAGCUGCCUCAAGCGCCAUUGCGGCCGCGGCAAGCCAAGCAAUUGUGGCCACCCAACAAAUGCCGCAGGGACGUCGUACGGCCAGCCUGAAGGCCAGCUAUGAGGCCAUACAUGGCGCUGGCGUCGCUAGCAGUACAGAGUUCUGGUCGGCGGCAGCGGCGCAUAAUAGCAGCAUGCAGCAGCCAGCGACUGGAACGCUGGCCACCGCCGUGCAUCAUCAUCCCCCGCAACAGCAGCAACAGCAGCAGCAGCAGCAGCAGCAACAACAUCACCAGCAACAUCAUCAGCAUCAUCACGAGAAGAAGCACAAGAAGAAACUGAAUGCCGGCAUUUCGAUGCCUGGCGGUCUAGCCUACAAAUUCUGGGACGGUUCCUCGUCAGGCAACUCAAUUGCAUCGUCCUCAUCGUCGAUAAGCGUGGACUCAGUUGAUAUGCUAGCAAAUGCCACCACCGCCGCACCCAUACAACACGCCAGUCUCAGCCAAGGCACGCUGGCCAUCAAUCCCACAACGAAUCAACUGGCAACUGCCCAUCCGACAGCCGCCCAUCCGCCAGCCCCUGUAGCAGCUGUUACUCUGCCGACUGUUAAUAGCGUGACGGCGACAUCCAUUGGGUUGCCCAGCACAACGCUUGCGCCCGGCGCUAAUCUAACCAUUAGCGAGAACGGUCUGGUUGUCGAGCAAACCAACGAAGGCGAAUGGUCAUACGAUCCGAACGAGCCGCGCUACUGCACCUGUAAUCAGGUCUCGUACGGCGACAUGGUUGCCUGCGACAACGAUGCCUGCCCCUACGAGUGGUUCCAUUAUCCGUGCGUGGGCAUCACACAGCCGCCCAAGGGCAAGUGGUACUGCCCCAAGUGCACGGCUUCCAUGCGGCGUCGCGGGAAUCGCAAGAACUGAGCUGCACCUCCAUCACACAUGACAUUCUUAUAAUUAGAUGCCUAAAAAGAACUAAUAAAUAGCCGAUCGGCGGAGCGACAA